AUGGAGGUUAUCUUCUGGAAGAUACGUAGAAGUAAUCUUGGAAAAUCAUUGGAAUACGAACAAAUUGCAAGAAAUAAAAAGAGCAUCCGACCCAUUUUGACUCCUAUCUCGGAUGAAGUUGUCGAUUACUUUGAACAGAUAAAUAAAAAGGGAGGUUUUGGAAAGGUAUAUGAAGGAUUUUUAACUAAAGGCUACAUUUAUAAAUGGAAUGUUGAAGAAAAGAGGUGGGAAAGAACCGGAAAAAAAAAAGUUGCUUUAAAAAAAUUAAAUUCCGAACAACUUAAUGAAAAGUUUUUUGAAGAGGUUAAGCGCCACAACGAAUUUUAUGUUGACGACCACUCUCUUAUGAGAUGUUACGGAAUAACGAAGGAUCUCACAUCAAAUAAGUUUAUGAUAGUGACAACAUUUGCCGAAUUCGGCACACUUAAUCAAUACUUGAAAGAAAAUUUCAAACGUCUCACAUGGGCAGAGAAGUUUAAAAUACUAAGUUCUAUUACAAAGGGUGUUAGACAUAUCCAUGAACAUAAUUAUAUUCAUAAAGAUCUUCAUGGAAAUAACAUCGUGAUGUAUACAAAAGUUUAUCCUCUAAUUACUGAUUUUGGAGAGUGUAAACCUGUGAAUGAGAAGAAGAAGGAUUAUAUUGAAAAACUUAUUAAAAAAUGCUGGAAUAAAAAUCCCAAUGAUAGGCCCUCGGCACAAGAGCUAUACGAAGAUCUUUAUAAAUUAAGCAAAUCUCUCGAAAAUGGAAAUUUUAAUAGUUAUGAUGAUAAAGGAGAUGAAUUUAGUCGAUGCAUAAAUAAAUGUAGAGACGAUGAUACUAAGAUUAAGAGCUUAUCAACGAACGCGUACUCAAGCUCCACAGAUGGUAUUAAUUGUAGAGAUGAUUCUAAUAAGACUAAGAGCUUAUCAACGAACGCGUACUCAAUCUCCACAGAUGAUUCCGGACAAGAAUCUAAACCUUACUCAGUGGAUAAGGAAGGAGUUAGUAAUGUUAGUAG